UGUUUUGUUGCACCACAUGUCAUAAAGAGAACAAACAGAAAAGAUAGUCGUGUGUUGAAAAAUCGGACGGUGACGGUGAAGAUAGUUGAAAAAUCUCAACUAACAACACUUCCAUUCAAUUGAUAUAUAUAUCAUUGAUUACCCAACUCGUUUAUCUAUUGAGUUUAUGUAUUUGUUGUGUUCUUACACUUCUCUCCGAUGUUUUUCUCUUCUUACAUUUUCUUCUGUUCCAUAUAAAAAAUAAUAAUUGAAAACUAAAUUGAUUCGAUGGUGAAGUUGACAAAGAGAAUAGGAGGGCUUGUGCUGCGAUUGGCAGCGUUUGGUGCGGCUCUUGCCGCCUUGAUCGUUAUGGUCACUAGCCGCGAGAGAGCUUCCUUCUUCGCUGUCUCUCUCGAAGCUAAAUAUACGGAUAUGGCCGCGUUUAAGUAUUUUGUGAUCGCAAACGCUGUCGUCAGUGUUUACAGCUUUCUAGUUCUGUUUCUUCCAAAGGAGAGUUUGCUUUGGAAAUUCGUCGUCGUCUUGGAUUUGGUGAUGACAAUGCUACUGACGUCAAGUUUAUCGGCGGCACUAGCAGUGGCACAAGUGGGAAAGAAGGGAAACGCAAACGCAGGUUGGCUUCCGAUUUGCGGCCAAGUUCCAAAGUUCUGCGAUCAGGUCACCGGAGCUUUAAUCGCCGGUUUUGUUGCACUCGUCCUCUACGUCCUCUUACUCUUAUAUUCUCUCCACUCCGUCGUCGACCCUUUUCUCCUUCAGAAAUCUUGAAUCUAACUUAAUUUCCCUUUUCUGAGUAUCGAUCUAAUUUUAUAUACAGACGCGCAUAGCUUAAACUUUGCUCAAUGUCGAUAUGAGACGUACGUCGUGUGUUUGUGUUUGUAUAAUUUCUUAUUAUGUGUCAAAAUUUUCAUGGCUUUGUAAUUCCUUUUUACGGAUCAUAUGGAACAGAACAAUAAUAUAUAUAAGUACCAUCUCAAA